CUCGGCCACGCCGUUUACGAGUAGCUUAUAUAGAGAGCACUCUUGGAAAUUGGACGCGUCUUACACCUGUUAGUUCGAGAUUUCGACCUUGCUCACCCAAGCGCACUGACAGGCUUCAUACUCGUCCACGUUAUAUUCUCAAAUCAAUGAAGGUGGUCGUUAUUGGCGCUGGCCCAGCAGGACUCGUCACCGCCAAGUCGUUACUGGAAAAUGCUGAUGAUCGCUAUCCUUUCGACCCCCUCAUUCUUGAGCAAGAAGACGACAUUGGAGGAACCUUCCGGUAUCGUUCCUAUGAGAACGCGAAUAUGGUCUCUUCGAAGCAGCUCACAUGUUUCUCGGAUUUCCGUUUACCUCUCGACCACCAAGAUCACCUAACUCUCGAAGAAUACGUUGAAUACCUUCGAGACUAUUGUUCCCAUUUCCACCUGAAUGAUCGUCUUCACUUGAAUUCGAAAGUAGUCGAUGUUUCCCGUCACCCACAUGAAGGUCAUAUCGUCAAAUACGUCCGGAGGGAUCCCAGAGACUCUGCUUGGGGCAACGAAACAUAUACUAUCCACACUACUUAUGUUGUAGUCUGUACUGGUUUGCAUGUGAUACCAUCGAUUCCAGCGAUUCCGGGCAUUUCGAGUCACGGGGAGGAUAAAGAAUGUUCAAUAGCGGCGGCCUUCCACUCGGCGGAGUACAAAUCCAGAUCCCAGUUGACUGGAAAACGCGUGAUGGUACUUGGGACUGGCGAAACUGGGAUGGAUAUUGCAUACGAGGCCGUCAAGGCCGGUGCAAAGGAGGUUGUCCUCUGCUCCCGCGCAGGAUUUCUUUCGUUUCCGAAGCUUUUGAAUGAUUUCGAGUUUCUUGGGCUUAAAUCCAAGUCCCAGGUAGGUUUACCGCUCGAUUGUCUAAUCACCAACCUGGCAGAAACCGCGUAUGUGCACCCAUGGGUUGCCAGUUUACAUAUUCGAUGGUUCAUCUCAGACUUCGUAAUAAAGCGCCUUUUGUGGCUCUUGACAGGUACCCAAGCAGGCUGCAACCAAUGGGUCGGCGAACUCGAACCCGAACGAUUGGGAAGAGCCUACGUUUUCUUGAACAAAUCUCAAAAAGCGAUGCCCUACAUCAAUAGGCCAUAUCGUAGUCGACCAGCCUUUUUCGACUACCUCUCUCGCUAUAUCGACCCUCCGGAGGAUUCACCUCCGCAAACCGAUUUUGUGAUUGAUCUUGCUCCAUUCCCCUCUCAUUUUCUUCCGAACGGAAGGGCAGUGUUUCCUGCUAGCAAAAGGAAAGACUACGAACGAAUGAAAGACCGAGACAUCCGGCCAGAAGUUUUGAUAUACGCUACUGGAUACCAGCAAAACUUCAGUUUCUUAGCGAAGGAUUAUCCCACUGCUGAUCAAGCAAACAUCCGGAAUGUUGUCAGAGAAGGGGACGAGUCUGUUCCGUUUAUAGGAUUUUUACGUCCUGGAGUUGGUGCAAUACCUCCGAUCGCGGAGAUGCAGUCAUUAUUCUGGAUUUCGCUCAUCAAGAACAAAGUCCGGAAACCACUUCCCCCGCCUUAUUACCACCUUCUUGUCAAGGAAAACGCGCGAAUCAAGUACGGUGUUGAUCACUCCACCUAUAUUAGCACACUAGCGAAGGAUAUUGGAGCAGCACCUGGACUGUGGGAGCUGUGGUGGGAGCAUGGGUCACACGUUCUAGUAUGCUAUUGUUUUGGCGCUGCAUUCACGACGUUCUAUCGACUAGUUGGACCGUAUAAAACAGCGAGCGCACCCACAAUAGUGAAAACGGAACUCUGGGACACCAUUACUCGACGCGGAAUACUUGGGAAUGUUGUAAUGGGCGUGAUACCAAUGGUCUUCUACCUCACGUUGAACGCAGUAGCUUAUCUCUUGGGAAUAGUGUGGGUGUUGCUUGGUGGCCGGGUGGAGUGACAUUAAGUCUGCAUGUCAGUAAACCACUCGAGCAGACAAGGGUCUUCUCGCCCAUCUCGUUUGUAUAUCUUGGUUGAUGCUCUUGAAAUGAAAUAUAACGUGGAAGUGUUGCAUUUAGACGAAGGGCUUCACUAUUCCAUGACUGAG